UUGAGUUUUCCUGCGAGAAGACAGGAUCGCUUUGCGGGUAAAGCGGGCGUUCACGUUUUUAUUGUAAAGGCUGGAAAUAAGAAGUUGGAUGUGUGAGUGUGAGUGUGGGGAUUUUACGCUCCAGAAAGGCGUUUUUAUGUAAGCACGGGCGGCGUUUUCCACCCCGCGUUCGUCCCGAGGUAGGAAACGGCUUCCAUAUGUGGAAGAGAGAUCGGGCUGUUCAUGAAAACUCAGGCACUAAGUCCGGUGCAUAAAACAUAGUAUUUUGAUUUUUAUUAAAAAAAAAAAAAUACAGUCUCCACACGUGUUUUCCAACAAAUAUCUCGGGGAUGUGGUGGAGCGUCCGGAGCGAUCCGUGACCCCGUGCAGCGAUACUCACCUCCUGGGCUGGAGAAGGAGCAGCAGGUCGGGUCAGUUUCCACUUUAGCAGGAAUAACCAGGAAAUCACCUGUGCGUGCACAUCCCACCGCCGGAGAUUAAACACAAUGUGAAGACAAAGAGUGGAUGAGGCACAUCCCAAAUUCCACAAUGAGGGUGCACGACAUGAGGGUUUAGGUCACUUCUUGAUGUCCCGUCUCCCUCAGACUCACCAUCUGUGUCCACCGGCAUGGAUAAACUCACCGUGAUAUCAGGAUGUCUCUUCCUAGCUGCAGAUAUCUUUGCCAUCGCCAGCGUUGCCAACCCGGAUUGGAUCAACAUCGGAGAAUCCGGCGGUUCUUUGACUUUGGGUCUGGUCCGGCAGUGUCAGACCAUCCACGGCCGAGAUCGGACCUGCACCCCCCCGCGGCUGCCGGGAGAAUGGAUCACUGUACUCCUCUUUAUCAUCCUGGGCAUCAUCUCCCUUACAGUCACCUGCGGUCUGGUUGUGAUGUCACACUGGCACAGGGAGGCCAGCAGAUAUGCCCGAUGGAUCGCCUUCACAGGGAUGAUCCUUUUCUGUAUGGCUGCGUUCAUUUUUCCGAUCGGAUUCUACAUCAACGAGGUUGGAGGACAGCCAUAUAAGCUACCCAACAACACAGUGGUGGGCUCCUCCUACGUACUCUUCAUUCUGUCCAUAUUCUUCACCAUAGUGGGACUGCUGUUUGCCGGGAAGGUGUGCUUGCCUGGCUGACGAACUCCUGUCCUCUUUUUGAAUGCAUAAAGGAACGCCACCACUGGAAGCAAAUUUUGGUAGAAUGAACUCUUCUGCGGCAGCGUUGGAAGUGUUGUUGAAAACUGAGAGGCACCUGUCUUUCCCUCGCGGAUGAAUUGUCGCAAACCUCAUAACUGGAGCCAAAACCACUGCGGUCCAUCUGCCCACAUGUUUGUUCAGAGACUGAGCAGGUGCAGAGAGCUCUGAAAUGGCCCUCAUCGUCUUCCUUCCUGAACAGUGAGCGAGACAGUGAACAGAUCAUGGAUUAUAAAAUGACAAAAGUAACAUCUGUGCUUUUGAGGGAUUUAAGGAGGCAUUAAGAAUGUCUGAGCUCCUAAGAAUUCAUGACAGUUGACAGACAGCCGCUGUUCUUCUCCUCUGAAAUAUCAAUGAAGAUUUGCACAUUGAUGUUAUUGUGAUGGGUCAGGCCGGAUGAUAGCCUGAACACCUGAUAUUGGCCAGUCAACCCCAAUAUGAUGGCUGCUCUUCUCCAAACACUGCUGCAAAAAAACAAAGUUGCAUUACUUUAUUUAUAUGUUCUAUUUGGAUUAUUUAUAAAAGACCAGCUUCCCUGCCAUUGCUCUGUGGAGUGGAUCACAUUGCCUUAAAGUUGGUUUGGUGUAAUGGGACAAAUAUGAAAUUCAUGAUACAUGAAGUCAUAAAAAUGCUAUUUUUAAGUGGAAUGUAAAAUGGGCUAUCAUCAGCAGCUGCCUAAAGUUUGUAAAGGUUCACUCUGUGAAAUGUGUAGAUUUCAUUGUGUGGCUGCACUGAAGGAAGAGGAAGAGAUUUUUUGGCUUAUCUCUCAACAGUGUGAAUCAGCAGCGAGGAGCAGAGGAAAAGAUCUUUGGUUAGUUAAACACAGUACAAAUUAUUGAGUCAGUGACUUGUUUUAUUCAUUUGUCAUGCCGAUGUGAAGAGACAGUGUGUUUAUGCCAUUUUAUAGAAGCACUGAUGUUUGUAAAUGUACA